UUGAAGCAUGGAAUACCCCGUCCGGUAUGGUUAAUAAAACAUGAAAAUGUAGCUUUCGAUAAGGAUAAGGAUCUUCUCGGUAGAGGCAACUUCUGUAACGUAUAUAAAGGAGUCUAUACAAGACACGAUGAGAAAAUUAUUGUGGCUGUAAAGGUUUGUCACGAAGGAAGCGUUUCAAAAGGAUUUCAAGAGUCAAAAGAGGCGCGUAAUUCAAUGCUUAGUGAAGCGCAAAUGAUGAGCUACUAUGUCCAUAAUCACGUUAUCGAGAUGUUUGGUGUUGCCUGUGACCAUCCGCCUAUAUUGAUAGUCAUGGAAUACUGUCCAGGUGGAGAUUUACAAUCGCAUCUAAAACGUCAAAAAGAAAAAAUUGAUAUUGGAGAGAGAAUUGUUUACGAUUUAGAAGCUGCUCGUGGAAUGCGCUAUCUUCAUAAGAAAAAUUGUAUACAUCGAGAUUUAGCAGCUAGAAAUUGCUUAAUAUCAGCAAAAGGACAAAUAAAAAUAUCUGAUUUUGGCCUUUCAAAAAUUGUUAAUGACCUAGAAAAGGCAGACGCUGAAACUGUAACUGAUGAACCUAGCCCUCAAAUACCUCUUAGAUGGAUGGCUCCCGAAUCUCUUCGUCGACCUAUGAAAUUUAGUACGAAAACGGAUGUGUGGUCCUUUGGAAUUAUGACUUAUGAGAUAUUCAACUGUGGAGUGAAACCAUGGCCUGACGAACCAGCAAAGAAGAUCGCCACGAUGAUACGAAAAUGUAGCAUGCCAGAGAUGCCAGAUCGUACUCCAGAGGAUAUAAAGAGUAUGGUGUCCAAAAUUUGGUGGGCGUCAGUCCUUUUUCCUCAG